UCGAAGCUGGUUUGCACAUCCAUCGAUCCGGAUCAUCAGUAGAUCUACCAGUGGCAGUACAGAUCUACGAGUACAGAAAUGAGCUUGUGAAACAGUUCAAACUUCGUAGUAGAACUACCCACACCGAACAGUUUUAGUGAAUGUGUUUCCCAGUAGGAGUAAGUCAAUCUAGAUGUUAUUGAACUAUCGUGAAGUGCAUUUCGACCACUGUGCAUGUGACGUCCCGGCGAGACACCGGACUCUUGGCUGGUUGGUGCGCGAUUGAGAGAGACUUUCAAAAAUAGUGGCUAGUAACUUCAACUGUGGCUGCAACUGCCUGUUUACUGAAUGACGACUGUUUGGAGGUGUGAUGGCCUCAGCUAGUUGCAAAGAGCCCGGCGGUGACCAUAAGGAUGGUGUGGAGGAUGGAGAUGAUGUACAUCCAUCGCAGUUAUUUCGCCGUAUGAUUUCCAGUGAGCUCUCCAAAGGUGAAGAUGUCUGGGAAAGCAAACGCAAGAAGAAGCGUCCUAAGAAUCAGAGAAAACUGCUGAUUUCUUCAUCUGACUCUAAUCCCACUAAGGAUCAUGGCAUUGAUCAAGAAGAGGAAGACAAGGACGAAGAGGAGCUGGCAACAGAGGACGAGGAGGAUAGUUGUUCCUCUGAUGAUUAUUUCACGGCUGAAGAAGAAGCAUUGAGCAGUGAUGAGGUGGAUGGUGACAGCGUGGUGGACUCGGAUGACUUGGCCUCUGUGACCAGUGAAAUAGCUCCAUCGACUGGUGAUACGUCUGCAGGUGCCACAACACGACGCCAUCGUUCUCGUCGCCAGAAGAAACGCAAUCGUGACAAGCGGCGUAUGCAGAUGAGAGAUGUGCUAGAAAGCAUGCCUUUGUUUGAAGAUGAUCACUUGGCUGCUAUGACACCAUCCGGUCGCUCUUCAUACCGAUGUGCAGUGGAUACGGUGGAAGACGCUAAGGUUGUUGCCAUGGAUGCUUCUCCUGGUAUGCCUGUUUCGCAGGUGCCAUCCUUAGUGGAGUGCUGUCUCCGUGUUGUCUGGUCAAGGAGAGCUACAUCUAAGCUGACAUCGAAAUCUAAAAGAAAGGUUUCACUACCUAAGGAGCUGCCCUAUCAGUUGCGGCAACAAGCAUCACAUCUGCGCUCCUCCCAGCGUUUUGAGCAGCUCACGGUUCAUUGGCUCAUGAGUGCUUUUAGGAACUUGGAAUGUCUCAAGUAUUCAGAUGGUGUUUUUCAACUGUUUAGUGACUUUCUGUUCUUGCCCGACCUUGAGGAUGGCACUGUGCGGCCCAUCAAUAUACCUGCGGAUUGGGAAAAGAAUGUGGGACGUAGAUCCCAAUUUCUGGCAAGCAAGUAUCAAUACGACCCAGGCUGGUUUUUCUUCAAUUUCGUCUCGAGGCGUACUCACUGGGCUGAAGACUUUCCAACCAUUAUUCCUCAUGAACAAAUGAACUGGUCCACUUACCAUGAGUUAAACUAUGCAGGAGGCACAUUACUGCUGCGCCAAGGUGAACAACCGUUUGUCGUUAGCGGACUGGCAAAGCUGAUUGACUUGUGCCUGCCACCUUCUAGUGAUACUGGGUUACUCUCCAGCAUUGGCGGCAAGCAUUCCAACGUUGUCUAUCAAGUACGACGUGCACUGUUUGAAAGAUAUCCAAAGAUGAUGCGGAUAACCUUUGAAGUUGCCCUGGCGUAUGUUUGGUGGAGCAGGGGAUAUGUUGAUGCUGCUGUCGGUCAGUUCCUGUACCUUUCCAAGCAGGCCAUUGAAGGUGCCAUGAAGUCCUUCUAUUUGAAUGAGAUUGGCAGACUAUACUGGCACCUGCAGGACUACAGUGCAGCAAGUCGAUUUUUUCGCCUGGCUUCUGACAGUAUACCACGUUCACUACUCGAGUAUACGCAUUUGGAUGCAACUGCACUGAUCCUCACGGCUAGCAUGUGUGAUUGCGGUGUGUUCUCAAGCACAUCAGGGCAGACGGCACACCGGGCAUGGCUAGCUGCUCUUGCCUGCAAGCAGCCAAAGGCACGCGGGUCAUUGGUGGAGGAACACGGAGUACCCACACCGGUUUUGGUGAACGCUGUUGAAUCGGUGAUGUUCGUGCAUGCUGGGAAAUUGUUUGCCAGUGAUCCAUCUGCUAUUCAGAGAGGUCAACGCAACUGGUUGCAAGGUCUUGUAACAUGGCUGGAACCGCUAUCAUUGUCCCAUGCUUGGUUACGCUUUCACAUAUCUAUGGCCCAUGCUUUUACGCUGGAUAUUGAUCGAUCGGAUGUGGCUUUUGCGGGCUUUGCAGCCAUGGCGAGCGUCAUGGAAGGAUGGCUAAAGAAAAACCCAGAACACGUUGAUAUACGACCACCGGCAGCCACAGGCGGAUCUCAAUGGGGACCACUCAUGGCGUUAUUGACGUCGAACCUCUCCAUGACGGGUAUCCCGUUCAUUCAGCUGCGCUGGAGAACAAUGCUUCAGUAUCCGUGUCUAUCUGCGAACCAAAGAGAGCGCCAUCGUCUAGCUUACCACUUCAAUCCAGAGCUGAACAUUCGUCAGUACGAUUCUCAGCACAUCACAGCUGAUGUGUACAUGGAACUGCCGCCUCUGAAAGCUCUCUUACUGGACAUGAAUGAUGGCUCGCUAUGUGUCAACUCUUAUGCCAACAUGGCGCCUGUGGCAUGGAAGACGAGUCAGCUCGCCACCCUGAAAUCCUGUUGCGCAGCUGAAGAGCAUGUUGAGCUGGUGAAUGUGCCCAAUGGUCCAAGUGUUGUUCUUCAUCGCUACCUGCACGGAUACUUGGCAGUGGAGCCGCUUGUCUUACAGUUGUCAGGUGCCGAUGGCUCCCAUGGCCGCACACACCACCUUGACCUGAGAGGUGCUUUACGUGCGUUUCUCUACAAGGAUGUCCGACGACAGAUUCAUGAGAAGAUGACGGAUGCUGCGGAGAUAGCUGCUGCUGAGAAGUUGCUGCGUCUCUAUGUGACCAGUGGAGAGUAUUGUGAUUAUGAGGCAGUGAAUACCGGCAAGCGCCCAAGUACCAAGGCACUGCCUGCAGAUGAGGCCGGAGGCAGCUUUCGUCUUCAUGCAGUCUUCACUUUUGGUGAAGCAAGCAUCUGCUUUCUGUUUAAGAAGAUUGUGCUGUAUCAAGAGCAUAAAGUUCGCGCGCUAGCUGUGGUCGAUGCCCGCUCUGUAACCAGCUUCCUUUCACCAGUAAUUCAUCUCUGUCCCGAAUUCACUGAUGCUAACACUGGUGCUGUUGAUGAGUAUGAAUACUACACACAGAGCUUGGCUAGCAGCACGGACGGGGUGAUACCCAUUGCUCGCUUCCAAGCCAGAUGUCUUGUGCUGCCACUGAAAGGUGUUGCUGGGUGGUCAAAAGGCUUUGGUUAUCUUGUGACUGUUCAUCAGGAUGGUAAGAUGGUGUGUAAUACCCGUCGCGAUCUGCAGGGGUUCAAAGACAUGCGCGUCUCCCUGUUUGAUCAGUUUGCGUUCACAGUUCAAUCAAGAGAUCCUGGAAUCUGGCUGAUGAAGUGCGACAUGCCCAAUGAUUGCAGGCGCAUUGGGUUUCUCCGGAUCACCACUGAUAUGGGAUCCAGACAGCAUCCACUCUGCCCAUCUUGCUUCCAACUGGACGAGUUGAUCAUCAUUCAAUCUAGAGGCGGCAUAUUCCUUGUGGAUGGCAGGACAAUGAAGGUGGUGCCAAUGCUGGAGACUGACGAAGAAGUAUCUGCGUUCUGUUCACAGUCCGCACAGAGUACUGCUAGUACUGAUGGUCAUUUCUCAGCUGCCCAGGAUGCUUCUGACAGUCACCAGGACGUUGACGUGACAGGUGAAGCAAGUGCAGCUGUUGAGGCUGAGCCAGCCGGUAACGUGGAUAUUUCAAAGGAGGAUGGUCUUCCCUACAUCAGCUAUGAUGAUGGACUCCCUGAAGAUGAGGAGUCUGUGGAGACGGCUGAGAGAUUCUACCGUGGAUCCCCGGACAACAUUUCCGUUCUGUGCAGGAGCCAUCCAGCUGCACUGCUUAAAGAUGGCGAGGAAAGCAUCGGUUCAUCCAGAGACGUUGUGUUGGCAGUUGAGUGCCACUUUGUCUGGAUUCGUCUCUAUCGCAGGCCAGAUAAUGAUGGUCGGAGCGCAGCACGUAUUGUACUGGAACAAGAGCUAUCUGGGUGGCCAGUGGAAGCAUGUCUUCUUCCUGCCCAGAAAGGUCUAUUGGUGUGUGCAACCCAACUCCGCUCUGCCCGGAAAGGAAAUGGCUUUUGCCGUGAAGAGCUGUACUGGUUCUCUGAAGAUGGCAGGCUACUUGGCUUCUUGCCUAUGUUGGGCUCUGGCCCACACAGCUUCUACCCUGUGCUGAGUUGCAGUCUAACACCUGCUUCAUCACCUACAUCACCGACUUCACCCAGCUUUGCAACAGCUGAAGGAAGCAGCCAGCGACGAAUCGAUCAGGAGGGACUGCGUGUCUACUUCUCUGAUGGCCAUGGUGCGUUUGCAUGUGCUAAGCUGGAGUAAUCAUCAGUGCUGGUGCGCCGCUUGCAUGCGCCAAGCUGGAGUGUUUAUCUGGGAUGUUGGUGUGGCCCACUGCUGCUCCUACAUUCAAUCCUGCAUGCAUGCCGGCUAAUUGUGUUCUAGCAAGUCUCCAAGUUGCGAUUUAUACAUGCCCUCCGUUUAUCAUAGCGGCUUGCAUUGAACAUGCAUGCCUGAUCUGAGUGAGUCACGGUCGUUGAGAGGAUACCUUUGUGUGCUGAAACAUGUGGCCUGAGAGACUGAAACUGGCAUUACGUUAAAGUUAACCUGAGCACACUCGUCUUGUAUGCACCACAGCAAGGCUUCUCUGUUUUCUUGCAAAAUCUGUUAACAGAUGCGGACUGUCACAGUAUAGGCGUUGCAGUUUGUGUAUUUAUGGUGCUAGCAUCACUCAUGUUGUACAUAUUAAUUUUAUCGUGCAGACUGAUAGCCAAAAUGAUCGUGCAGUUAGGUCAUUUCCUAUUAUUUGAGUAACUUUUAUGAUUUGCUGUAAUCACUCGGAUGAUUAGCUGCUGGCCAGUGCUGGACCCUACCCUGUAUAACCUAUCAAAACUAGUUUAAUUUUGUAUACUGUGAAGCAUGAGAAGUGGUUCCCAGUUAUGGUGGCAGCCGGCACAUGGUACACUUACAGGUACUGUGCUGACCAGGUAGCCGUACUUACUAUAAUACCAUAUCUUUACGACUCCCUGGUACAGACUCUCCUUUGCCUCAUCUCGCAUCACUUUCAUGUGCUGUAUAUCACCAAGGUAAUUUCUGUUGCGCGUUGCUACUUGUACGAAAAGUGAAAACGCACGAGAAUUUCCCGUUAACACCUUAUCGGUGACUUAGCACUGAA